AUGCUGGGGCGGCCCAGAGCACGCCCCGGGGCGUGCUGGCACGCGUUGGUGCAUCGCCUCGUCCAGGCACGCCCAGGGACGAGGCGAUGCACCGGGUUCCCGUGUGCACAGAAGCUUCGGAACCCGGCGCACCGCGGUGCAUCGGGGCGUGCCAAGGCGAAUCUUAGCUUUGCUGCUGAGCAGCGACUGACUGGGCGCAGCCAGGAGCUUAGACAGGCAGUGGCCAAGGCGAGCUCCAAGCGCAUCGUUCGCAAGGCUGCGGCUACCUCGGCAAUGGCGGAGGCCGUGGAACGAUCCUACAUUAUGAUCAAGCCCGAUGGUGUGCAGCGAGGCCUGGUGGGUGAGAUCAUCACUCGGUUCGAGCGGAAGGGAUUUGUCCUCCGUGGACUGAAGCUGUUCCAAUGCCCUGAAGACCUCGCUAAGGAGCACUACAAGGAGCUAUCUGAGAAGCCGUUCUAUGGCAAGCUGGUUGAGUACAUCAUUUCGGGCCCAGUUGUCGCCAUGGUAUGGGAAGGCAAGGGAGUGGUGGCUUCAGCCCGCAAGCUGAUUGGUGCCACGAACCCCUUGGCUGCGGAGCCAGGCACCAUCCGUGGCGACUUUGCUGUGGAAGUUGGCAGGAAUGUUGUCCACGGCAGUGACAGCAUUGAGAAUGGCGAGCGCGAAAUUGGGCUCUGGUUCAAGGAGGGCGAGCUUUGCGACUGGGAGCCUAUUGCAACCCCCUGGUUGAGGGAGUGA